AUGAAGUGUCGUUUCAAAAUACUCUUCCUGCUCUUGAGCUAUGUUCUCACCACAUUUGCCGCGCAUGUCAAACGGGAACUCACUCUGACCUGGGAAGAAGGUGCUCCCAAUGGCCAGAGUCGCUAUAUGAUUAAGACAAAUGGACAAUUUCCCUCCCCUGAAUUAAUCUUUGAUGAGGGUGAUGAUGUGGAAAUCGUCGUGCAUAAUAAUAUGCACGAGAAUACCACCAUCCAUUGGCAUGGGAUUCUGAUGCAAGAUACCCCAUGGUCAGAUGGAGUACCGGGUUUGAGCCAAAAGCCUAUUGAGCCUGGCGAGAGCUAUGUCUAUCGUUUCACUGCGUAUCCUCCCGGGCAAUAUUGGUACCAUUCGCAUUCCCGAGCCACUUUGUUAGAUGGUCUCUAUGGGGCGCUAUUUAUUCGACGGAAGCCAGGAACCCCAGGACCGUGGGCAAUGAUCAGCGAAGACCCAGUGGAGAUCCAAGCCAUGGCACGCGCUGCCAAUAAUCCGCAGAUUAUCCUUCUAUCAGAUUGGGAUUAUUACACCUCUGAACAAUACAAAGAGGCCGAUGCAAAUAGCCGUCUCCAGAUAUUCUGUGUUGAUAGUAUUUUGAUCAACGGAAAAGGGAGCUUGUAUUGCCCUGGUCAUCAGUGGCUCAUUGAUAAGCAAAUUCCGUUCAUGCACAAAAGUUGGCCAAACGAUACCAUUACCGACAAGGGCUGCUUCCCAUUCGUCCCUUCCACCGAAGGCCCCUGGCUUAAGGAUGGCAAUGUCUCAGCCAUUCCUCCGGGUUUACAAGAAGGCUGUAACCCCCACACUGGUCCCACGGAGAUCAUUGAGGUUGAUGCAAAAGAUCGAUGGGUCAGUGUCAACUGGAUCGGCGGCUCGACCUUCAAAACGCUGCAGCCCACGAUAGACGACCACGAAAUGUGGAUCUACGAGGUUGACGGCCACUACAUCGAACCACGCCGGGCAGACACCUUCCUAAUCUGGGCCGGGGAGCGGUACUCGGCUCUCAUUCGGCUCGACAAGAAACCAAUGGACUACUCCAUCCGCGUGCCUGACGGUGGUUACUCGCAAAUGAUCACAGGCUUCGGUAUCUUACGAUACAAGAACGGGGACCCGGACGCUCGCCGUCCUCCCGAUCGGUUCGGGGUCACAACAAGCUCGCACCCGUACUUCGGCUACAACGCCUGGCCAACACGCGAAGGGAUCGUCUUUCUAGACAAAUUUGAUCUGCCACCCUGGCCACCCAAGGUUCCUUUCACCGGCGAUGGUGACGCAAUGCACGUCCUGUUCCUAGGCAAAGCCAACUCGACCUGGGAGUUUACUUUAAGUGGCAAGAAGAAGUACCCUUCCGACCGGUCGGCGUACCGUCCUCUGCUGUACAACGUCAACAGUCCCGAGGCCCACGACGACGAUUUGAUCAUUCGCACUCAGAAUGGUACCUGGCAGGAUAUCGUCCUCCAGGUGGGCCACUCGCCCCUUUGGCCAGUUGACUUCCCGCACGCCGUGCACAAGCAUGCCAAUAAGUUCUGGCGGCUGGGUUCUGGCCAGGGAAUCUGGAACUACUCCUCCGUCGGCAAGGCCAUGGCCGAUCAUCCGGAGAACUUCAAUCUGGUCAAUCCACCCUACCGCGAUACCUUCCUCACAGAGUUCACAGGAGCGAUGUGGGUGGUCCUGCGGUAUCAGGUGACUUCUCCCGGGGCCUGGUUGCUGCACUGUCACUUUGAGAUGCAUCUCGAAAACGGCAUGGCCAUGGCCAUUUUGGAUGGAGUAGACAAGUGGCCCGAAGUGCCGGAAGAGUAUAUCCUAGACUCUCAUGGAUUCCGUGAGGAAGAUAUGAAGCCUGAGUUACAAAGUGCUUUCUUCCAGGUCUUUAAUCAGCUUGUCUUCCAGGUGCCUGCGUGGCUGUUG